AUGACACCAAUAAAAUCAAGAUUAAGGAAACAGCCUAAGGUAAGUUAUGCUCAAAAUAGUUUUUCGCAUAAUUGCGUAAAAUGCAAAAAUAAACUUCCCUCAACCUCUUGUUCACCACCAUCACCUCAACUUCCCUCAACCUCUUGUUCACCACCAUCACCUCAACUUCCCUCAACCUCUUUUUCACCACCAUCACCUCAACUUCCCUCAACCUCUUUUUCACCACCAUCACCUCAACUUCCCUCAACCUCUUUUUCACCACCAUCACCUCAACUUCCCUCAACCUCUUUUUCACCACCAUCACCUCAACUUCCCUCAACCUCUUGUUCACCACCUCAAGAAAAUGAUUGGUUUCGCUGUAUUGGACAAGUAGAUACAUUUGAAAGUUUUAGUGUUGUUAUUGAAAGAAAUAUGGGUAUAAUCAAUCAGGAAAAACUAUUAAAAUUGUGUUUUUCGUUGUAUAAAAGAUUGAGAAGUGAUGAUGUUGCAAAUGAUGAGUGUGAAGGGCGGGAAAACAUCUACAGCAUCUCAGUUUCCGCCAUAGAUGAGGAAGGAAAGAAAAAGAAAGAGAGAAAAACUUUUUCAUAUAGAAUAAAGUUUGAAAAUGGCGAAAACUAUUUAAAGUUGGCAGAAGCUGAUGAAAAGGUCGAAACCCACCUCAAGCAUUUGAACGGGAGUUACUACUGCAAUUUGAACGGGAAACCAUGCAAUGAAAGUGGAGCAAAUGGAAGAUCAAAUUCAGUUCGGGACCACAUCCGAAAACACAUUGGACUGAAAUUUUAUUGCGUCUACUGCUCCUGUUAUAAGGGAGUUUACUCUUUUCAAGGAUUAACCCGACAUUUCCAAAAGUGCCAUUGGAUGAUUGGCCAGAUAGAGGAUCCAGAAGAGACUAUUAUCAUAUAA